CAGCCAAUGAGCGGCCGCGGGCCGCAGCUCCCGGCGCCGUCCGCCAAGUGAGGCCGCGGCGGCGGCGGCGCGGGGGGCGGGGGGCGGGGGCCGGAGGGGCCGGGACGCCGGGCUCCGGGGCGGGGGCGGGGGGCGCGGGCGUCGGCGGCCCCGGGGUCGGCGGCGGCGGCCGGGGGGAGCCGCGGGGCCGGUCAUGCGGCUGCGGGGCCCGCGGCCCGGAGCGUCCGCCCAGCCCUGAGCGAGGCCCCGCAGGGCGCCCCCCGCCGCUGAGGAUGAGUCACUGCAGCAGCCGCGCCCUGACCCUGCUGAGCAGCGUGUUUGGCGCGUGCGGCCUGCUGCUGGUGGGCAUCGCGGUCAGCACCGACUACUGGCUCUACAUGGAGGAGGGCACGGUGCUGCCGCAGAACCAGACCACCGAGGUCAAGAUGGCCCUGCACGCCGGCCUCUGGCGCGUCUGCUUCUUUGCAGGUCGGGAGAAGGGUCGCUGCGUGGCCUCGGAAUAUUUCCUCGAACCCGAGAUCAACUUGGUGACGGAAAAUACGGAGAAUAUUCUGAAGACCGUUCGCACAGCCACCCCCUUCCCCAUGGUCAGCCUCUUCCUCGUGUUCACCGCCUUCGUCAUCAGCAACAUCGGCCACAUCCGGCCCCAGAGGACCAUCCUGGCCUUCGUGUCUGGCAUCUUCUUCAUCCUGUCGGGCCUCUCCCUGGUGGUGGGCUUGGUCCUGUACAUCUCCAGCAUCAACGACGAGGUCAUGAACCGGCCCAGCAGCUCGGAGCAGUACUUCCACUACCGCUACGGCUGGUCCUUCGCCUUUGCCGCCUCCUCCUUCCUCCUCAAAGAGGGGGCCGGCGUGAUGUCCGUGUACCUGUUCACCAAGCGCUACGCGGAGGAGGAGAUGUACCGCCCGCACCCCGCCUUCUACCGCCCGCGCCUCAGCGACUGCUCCGACUACUCGGGCCAGUUCCUGCAGCCGGAGUCCUGGCGCCGCGGCCGCAGCCCCUCCGACAUCUCCAGCGACGUGUCCAUCCAGAUGACGCAGAACUACCCUCCGGCCAUCAAGUACCCGGACCACCUGCACAUCUCCACCUCGCCCUGCUGAACCCCCUCCCGGGGAGCCCCCCUCCUCCCGGGGAGCCCCCCUCUUCCCGGGGAGCCCCCUCCUCCGCCCGGGGAACUUUGUCCUC